CGCCAUUUUGGGUGGAAGUUGGUGCGUACAGGAUAGAGACUGGAGGUGUUCUCAUUCAAACGCUUUGAUAACAAGUGUGAACCAAGCCCCGACACCCGAGAGCGGGUCCUACGGCCACAAUGACACAAAUAUUACCUAUACGAUUUCAAGAGCAUUUACAGCUCACAAAUAUAGGUAUAAAUGCGGCCAACGUUGGCUUCAACACACUCACCAUGGAAUCUGACAAGUUCAUCUGCGUACGUGAGAAAGUGGGGGACUCCUCACAGGUGGUGAUAGUUGACCUGGCAAACCCCACCAACCCUAUUCGACGUCCCAUCUCGGCUGAUUCCGCAAUAAUGAACCCUGCUUCCAAGGUCAUUGCCCUCAAAGCAUCCAGAACACUUCAAAUCUUCAACAUUGAGAUGAAGAGCAAGGUCAAGGCCCACACCAUGACGGAGGAUGUCGUGUUCUGGAAGUGGAUAAACGUGAAUACGAUAGCCCUCGUCACGGAGGGAGCAGUAUACCAUUGGAGCAUGGAGGGGGACUCUCAACCCCUGAAGAUGUUUGACCGUCACUCCAGCCUGACAGGUUGUCAGAUCAUUAACUACAGGACAGACGCUAAGGUCCAGUGGCUGUUGCUCAUUGGCAUUUCUGCACAGCAAAACCGGGUGGUAGGAGCGAUGCAGCUAUACUCCAUGGAACGUAAAGUGAGCCAACCUAUAGAGGGCCACGCUGCAGCCUUUUCCCAGUUCAAGAUGGAAGGGAACCCGGAAGCUUCAACACUUUUCUGCUUUGCCGUUCGAACAGCACAAGGCGGCAAGUUGCACAUCAUUGAGGUGGGCCAGCCAGCUACAGGCAACCAAGGUUACCCCAAGAAAGCAGUGGAUGUGUUCUUCCCACCCGAGGCCCAGAACGACUUUCCCGUGGCAAUGCAAGCCAGCCCCAGGCAUGACGUCAUCUACCUCAUUACCAAGUACGGCUACGUGCACCUCUACGACAUUGAGACGGGAGCCUGCAUUUACAUGAACCGCAUCUCUGCGGACACCAUCUUUGUCACUGCUCCUCAUGAGGCAUCAGCGGGCAUUAUUGGAGUCAACAGAAAAGGACAGGUGUUGUCUGUCAGCGUCGAAGAAGAAAACAUUAUCUCGUACAUCACCAACGUCUUGCAAAACCCAGACCUGGCUUUGCGCAUGGCAGUCCGCAAUAACCUUUCCGGUGCGGAGGACCUUUUUGUCAUGAAGUUCAAUACCCUCUUUACGAAUGGGCAAUACUCAGAGGCUGCCAAAGUGGCUGCCAACGCUCCAAAGGGUAUCCUACGCACACCCCAGACGAUCCAGCGGUUCCAGCAGGUUCCCAACCAGCCAGGACAGACGUCCCCGCUGCUCCAGUAUUUCGGUAUCUUGCUGGACCAAGGACAAUUGAACAAGUACGAGUCGCUAGAGUUGUGUCGCCCUGUCCUGCAACAGGGCCGCAAGCAGCUGCUCGAGAAGUGGCUCAAGGAUGACAAGUUGGAAUGCAGUGAAGAACUUGGUGACUUAGUCAAACAGGUGGAUCCCACCCUGGCACUGUCUGUCUACCUGAGGGCAAAUGUACCCAAUAAGGUGAUCCAGUGCUUUGCAGAGACUGGUCAGUUCCAGAAGAUAGUGUUGUACGCCAAGAAAGUGGGAUAUACGCCGGACUACGUGCUCCUCCUCAGGCAGGUAAUGCGCAUCAAUCCGGACCAAGGGGCCUCCUUUGCCCAGAUGCUGGUACAGGACGACGAGCCGCUCGCUGACAUUAACCAGAUAGUGGACGUGUUCAUGGAGUCUAACCUAGUCCAACAGUGCACUGCCUUCCUACUGGAUGCACUCAAGAACAACCGUCCUUCCGAGGGAAACCUGCAGACGAGACUUCUCGAGAUGAACCUCAUGACUGCACCGCAGGUCGCAGACGCCAUUCUCGGCAACCAGAUGUUCACACACUACGACCGUGCCCACAUUGCUCAGCUUUGUGAGAAGGCUGGCCUUCUGCAAAGGGCACUGGAACAUUACACAGACCUGUACGACAUCAAGCGAGCCAUUGUGCACACUCACUUGCUGAAUGCCGAGUGGCUAGUGAACUACUUUGGCUCCCUUUCGGUAGAAGACUCACUGGAGUGCCUGCGGGCGAUGCUGACUCACAACAUUCGUCAGAACCUACAAAUCAGUGUCCAGGUUGCCACGAAGUACCACGAGCAGCUAACCACCACAGCUCUCAUUGACCUCUUCGAGUCCUUCAAGAGCUACGAAGGCUUGUUCUAUUUCUUGGGCUCCAUCGUAAACUUCAGCCAGGACCCAGAAGUGCACUUCAAGUACAUUCAGGCUGCGUGUAAAACUGGCCAGAUCAAAGAAGUGGAGCGUAUCUGCCGUGAGAGCAACUGCUACAAUGCAGAGCGUGUUAAGAAUUUCCUGAAGGAAGCCAAACUCACGGACCAACUUCCCCUCAUCAUUGUUUGCGACCGUUUCGACUUUGUACAUGACCUGGUCCUUUACCUGUACAGGAAUAACCUGCAGAAGUACAUAGAGAUAUACGUUCAAAAGGUGAAUCCAUCUCGACUGCCGGUAGUGGUUGGGGGCCUGCUUGACGUCGACUGCUCUGAAGAAGUGAUAAAGAGCCUGAUCCUGGUUGUGCGUGGACAGUUCUCGACGGAUGAGCUUGUUGCGGAGGUAGAAAAGCGCAACCGCCUGAAGUUGCUGCUUCCUUGGCUGGAAGCGCGCUGCCAUGAAGGAUGCAUUGAGCCUGCUACUCAUAAUGCUUUGGCAAAGAUAUACAUAGACUCCAACAACAACCCUGAAAGAUUUCUCAAGGAGAACCAGUACUAUGAUAGCAGAGUAGUGGGUCGAUACUGUGAGAAGAGAGAUCCUCACCUGGCCUGCCUGGCGUACGAACGAGGUCAGUGCGACCGGGAACUGGUUCAGGUGUGCAAUGAGAAUUCCCUCUUCAAGAGUGAGGCACGCUACCUGGUCAGGCGAAGAGACCCCGAACUCUGGGCUGAGGUUUUGGCAGAGAGCAAUCCUUACAGGAGACCACUUAUCGACCAGGUCGUGCAAACUGCGCUCUCAGAGACCCAGGACCCGGAAGACAUCUCCGUGACCGUGAAGGCCUUCAUGACCGCCGACCUCCCCAACGAGCUCAUCGAGCUGUUGGAGAAGAUAGUGCUCGAGAACUCUGUGUUCAGUGACCACCGCAACCUUCAGAACCUGCUCAUUCUGACGGCCAUCAAGGCCGACCGCACUCGUGUGAUGGAGUACAUCAACAGGCUGGACAACUACGAUGCCCCCGACAUCGCGAACAUCGCGAUCGGCAGCGAACUCUACGAAGAGGCCUUCGCCAUCUUCAGGAAGUUUGACGUCAACACGUCUGCCAUUCAGGUGCUCAUCGACAACAUCCAAAACCUCGACCGCGCGUACGAGUUUGCCGAGCGCUGCAACGAGCCGGGAGUGUGGAGCCAGUUGGCGCGUGCUCAGCUGACGCAGGGACUCGUCAAAGAAGCCAUCGACUCUUUCAUCAAGGCUGGGGAUCACACUGCUUACCUUGAUGUCGUUCAGACUGCACACAAGACUGGCUCGUGGGAGGACCUCGUGCGAUACCUGCAGAUGGCCCGAAAGAAAGGGCGAGAAUCCUACGUAGAGUCUGAGCUCAUUUAUGCCUACGCAAAGACCAAUCGCUUGGCGGACCUCGAAGAGUUCAUCUCCGGUCCAAACCACGCGGAUGUACAGCGUAUUGGAGACCGUUGCUUUGAAGAUGGCCUUUAUGAGCCCGCCAAGCUGCUCUACAACAACGUGUCCAACUUCGCUCGCUUGGCCAUCACGUUGGUGCACCUCCGAGAGUUCCAGGGGGCGGUGGACUCGGCCCGCAAGGCCAACUCCACCCGCACUUGGAAGGAGGUGUGCUUCGCUUGUGUGGACAACGAGGAAUUCCGGUUGGCUCAGAUGUGCGGGUUGCACAUAGUGGUUCACGCUGAUGAGCUGGAGGAUCUAAUAAAUUAUUAUCAAGAUAGAGGGUACUUCGAAGAACUAAUCAGCCUCCUAGAAGCAGCGUUAGGCCUGGAGAGGGCGCACAUGGGCAUGUUCACGGAGCUCGCCAUCCUCUACUCCAAGUACAAGCCGAGCAAGAUGAGAGAACACCUGGAGCUGUUCUGGUCUAGGGUUAACAUUCCAAAGGUGCUUCGAGCAGCGGAGCAAGCCCACCUCUGGGCGGAGUUGGUGUUCCUCUAUGACAAAUACGAGGAGUACGACAACGCAGUCGUGACUAUGAUGCAACACCCGACGGAAGCAUGGCGUGAGGGCCACUUCAAGGAGAUGGUCACCAAGGUUGCCAACAUUGAGCUCUACUAUCGAGCCAUUCAGUUCUACCUGGACUACAAGCCCAUGCUCCUCAAUGACCUGUUGCUUGUCCUGGCUCCCCGUAUGGACCACACCAGAGCUGUCAACACGUUCACAAAGAGCAACCACUUGCCGCUGGUGAAGCCCUACCUACGGUCGGUACAGAGCCUCAACAAUAAGGCCAUCAAUGAGGCUCUUAAUGGCCUCCUAAUAGAAGAGGAAGACUUCCAGGGGCUGCGAACAUCCAUUGAUGCCUUUGACAACUUCGACAACAUUGCACUGGCUCAGCGGUUGGAACGUCACGAUCUGAUUGAGUUCAGGCGCCUGGCUGCCUACCUGUACAAGGGCAACAACCGUUGGAAGCAGUCUGUCGAGCUCUGCAAGAAGGACAGGCUUUUCAAGGAUGCCAUGGAGUAUGCGGCGGAGUCGAAGCAAGCGGAGACGGCGGAGGAGCUCCUGGCGUGGUUCUUGGAGGAGAAAAAUUACGAGUGCUUUGGAGCCUGUUUGUUCCAGUGUUAUGACUUGCUUCAUCCAGAUGUGAUUCUCGAGCUUGCCUGGCGUCAUGGCAUCAUGGACUUUGCUAUGCCCUACUUUGUACAGGUCAUGAGGGAAUACAUCUCAAAGGUUGACAAGUUAGAGGAACUAGAAAACCAGCGACUGGAGGAGUCCGCACAGAAUGAACAAAAGCCUCUUGUGUAUGCUCCCGAGCCGCAGCUGAUGCUGACGGCGCCCCCUGGGAUGAUGGCGCCGGGCUACCAGGCCUACACUCCAACCAUGCCUGGCUACCAGGGCUACAGCAUGUAACAGUGUCCCACCUCCUGUCUCCUUUCCCCCUACCCCACUUCCUCUUCCCCCACCUUGAUCCAAGCGAGUUGCGUGUCUACCUGGCUGGCUCAGGACGCGUUCGGGGGUGGCGUGCGACACUGCCAUCUCUAUCCGACCGGUUGUACAGUUUGGUUCGUACGGAUUUUUUGUGCGCAAAGGGGGGAGGGACACAGCAAGAAAAAACGACGGAGCAUUCCGCGGACCCGUCCCCGUCUGCAGCUUACUUAACGACAUAGAAGGGGGACUCUAAGCAUCUGUAAAUUCUUUUGGGCUCUAUCCAGUGAGGUUCUGAUGGAAUGUGUAUGUUUCUUUCCGUAAUGCUGCAUUAAAAAAGUGUUUUUGUUACACAGAGGGCAGUGAUGCUUUUUACGACACCUUCUCUCGCAGCGUUGUUCCUGGAGGAGGGAGGUGUUUCUUUUUUUUUCCGUAGCUUUGGUAGUAUGUUUUUUCUUGAAUGUGCCUCUGGUUUGUGGUGCGCGGCUCUGAAAAAAAUGUUACGAGGUCCGUUUGUUGUCUUGUGUAGUGGAGAGAUUUGCCCCACAUCUUUGGAUUGCGAGGCUUGUUAUAUAAUAUACAUUAUACAGAUAUAUAGGAAAAUUUAAAAAUGUAUGUAGAAAUUUGAUGGAGAAAUAAAUUUGGCGUCCUCA